ACGAUACAGAACAAGCGAUUUGAUUUUGGUGAUGAUCCAGAUUACUGUUUUUUAAAGGUUUCUUUACUAUUGAGUACUUUGCACCCGGAAAGUAUUCACAGCGCUUUAACUUUUCCCACAUUUUGUUAUGUUACAGCCUUAUUCCAAAACUGAAUUAAUUAUUUUUUGUACUCAGAAAUCUACAUACAUACCCCAUAAUGACAACGUGAAGUUGUUUUUUUUAAUACAUAUUGCAAAUUUUUUAAGGAUAAAAAACCUUAGACCAUCCCUACAGUGAAGCAUGGUCAUGGCAGCAUCAUGCUGUGGGGAUGUUUUUCAGUCACAGUAACUGGGAGACUUGUCAGGAUAGAGGAAAAGAUGAAUGCAGCAAUGUACAGAGACAUCCUGGAUGAAAACAUACGCUUCCCCUCCAACCCGAUUGGGCUUGAGAGGUGCUGCAAAGAGGAAUGGGCUAAACUUCUCAAAGCCCUUUGAGACACUUGUGAUUUAGGGCUAUAUAAAUAAACAUUGAUUGAUUGAUUGAGAUAGGUGUGCAAGACUACAACAGAGUAUUGAGUAAAUGCUGUGACGACUUAUGGACAUGUGAUUUUUUUGAGUUUUAAUAAAUUUGCAAACAAUUAAAACUACUUUUUCAUGUUGUCAUUACAGGGUAUUGUCUAUACAAUUUUGUGGACAAAAACUAAUGUAUUCCAUUUUGGAAUCAGGCUAUAACAUUACAAAAUGUGGAAAAAAGUGAGGCGCUGUGAAUACUUUCUGGAUUUAUGUUCUUUAAUCGGACCCUAAUGAGACUAAAUUGUAUAGCUGUAUACAAAAAGUAUUCCUUUUUAAAUAUAACUAAAGAAAAUCCUGUGGAAAUUUUAAAUGGGCCUGUUACCUGUUGCUAACCUCUGAGAGCAUAUCUUGCUUUAUUAGCAGAAAGUUACAUAGUUUCCAGUUUACAUAAACUCAUAACUGCUAAAGAGACAUUUAGGAGCAUCUCAAUAAAAUGUAAUGAUGUUAACAGCUAUUAUGCUAAAUGCCACCAUUCCAGCAACCCAUGUGUCAUAACAUGAGAAUAUCACUGGCGUCAAAAAUAAUAGCUAAAGUGUUUAAAUGUGAUAUGUAGAACAGCUAAUGCUAGAACCUAGCAAGAUAGUACUAUUAUGUACUGUACAUAGUCCUAAUUUUUAUUUGAUUUGUUUUUCCGUGACUAUAAACCAAAUGAAAAUAAUAAUCGCUAACAGCAAAGAUAGCAAUAUGUCUGCAUUAUGUGGCUUAGCCUAAACAAUAAUAAAUAUCAUACAAUAUUAAGAUGGGCUGUGUUGCUAUGCAAUUUGCAGCAUUUAUUAAUUUGGGAGGUAUUUAACCUUUUAUUUGCGUUUAUUAUGUUUUCAAUUUAUUCAGUGUUGUUACAAGGUGUCGGUGUGCCUAAUGAAAUGUCUUUUUGGGUUAUAGAAUUACUGGCUUACAAUUAACACUAGAGGGAGCUAAAGAGAGCCUGGUCCUCACCUGAACCCCCUCGGAAUAUUCCACAGCAAUCAUGAAAACAGACUCUCAAGACCUACCUGACACGGCCGGCAGCAGCGUGGACCAGCAGCCAGGAUGAUCCCAGUGGGAGAAUUCCGGAACAUCGGCAUCGAGCAGAACUCCAAGUACCGGGUGCUCAAACCGUGGUGGGAUGUUUUCUCCGAGUACCUGUGCGUCGCCAUGCUCAUGAUUGGCGUCUUUGGGUGCACCUUGCAGCUCACCCAAGAUAAGAUCGCCUGCCUGCCAAGUCCCUUCACCAGUCCAACACCCAGUGCCAUCGACUGCAGCUACAUCCGGAACUACGCCGACAAUGAGACGUGGAUGAGUUUAAAACCUACCAAUCCUGUCAUACGGGAGGUGCUUGGCCGCAAGAACAACCUGGACAUCCACCAGUACGUCUUCAUCAACCACUAUUGCUACGAGAGGUUUGUGCACUGGUAUGCAAAGUACUUCCCGUACCUGGUGGUGAUCCACACAAUGAUGUUCAUGGUAGCUAGCAGCUUUUGGUUCAAGUUUCCCGGGACUUCCUCUAAACUCGACCUCUUUGUCACCAUCCUGGGUAAGUGCUUCGACUCCCCCUGGACCACGAGGGCCUUGAGCGAAGUUUGCGAGGAACGAGGCGAGGAGAAACUGGUCAUUUUGAGGAGGACGACCAUGUCUAAAGAUCCAUCUGAGAAACGGACGGAAGAGGAGGAGACCACCUUGCUUCCUCUAGUUGGCUCUUCCAAGUCUAAUCCAGAAAAAAAAAGUCUGGAUUCUCAAUCUGCUCCGUCUGUGCUAGAUAAGAAGGAAGGAGAGCAGGCCAAAGCUCUGUUUGAGAAGGUGAAAAAGCUUAGAACUCAUGUGGAGGAGGCAGACAUCUUGUACAUCAUGUAUGUGCUGCAAACAUCCCUCAAGGUCUUCAAGUUCCUUUUGAUCAUCAUCUACACAGCAGCACUGUCUCCAAACAUUGAGAUUGUGGUUCGCUGCUUGGUUCCCCCUGAGCUGACAGGUUUUGACAUUUAUUGUUGUAACCACAACAAAGCUCAUCUUUUCUCGAAACUGGCCUAUUGCUACAUCUGCUUUGUGGCCGUCUAUGGCAUCUUGUGCAUCUAUACGCUCUACUGGCAGUUCCACCGCCCCCUGAGGGUGUAUUCCUUCGAGCAUGUCAGGCUAGAGACGGGCAUCAACGACAUACCGGAUGUAAAGAACGACUUUGCCUUUCUUCUUCACCUGGUGGACCAAUACGAUGACCUAUACGCCAAAAGAUUUGCUUUCUUUCUGUCCGAGGUCAGUGAGAGUCGCCUCCAUCAGCUCAACCUCAACCAUGAAUGGACCACUAAAAAGCUGCGAGCCCGUCUGUCUAAAAACGCCAAUGAUCAACUGGAGCUCCACCUGUUAAUGUUGCCGGGAUUUCCCGACACGGUCUACGAGCUGAUGGAAAUGCAGUCUCUCAAAUUGGAGCAAGUUAAAAGCAUUAUGAUCUCGGCCAGUGUGGCUAAGCUAGAGAAACUUCGGGAUUUGUCGCUGGUUUACUGCCAGGCGAAGCUCCAGCUGCCCGCCUUGAAACAUCUCAAAGAUCACCUGAAGGUCCUACGACUAUGGUUUGAAGGUUUAGAUGAGGUACCUGAGUGGAUGUACCACCUGCAAAGACUUGAGGAGUUGCAUCUGAAUGGCCCAUUAGCCACCCUGGACUCCCUUCGAAAUCUUAAGGCCCUGACGGUACUUACCAUGAACUCCAAUCUUACAAAGAUCCCAGCCAGCAUCUAUGAUGUCGCCCUGAACCUGCAGCAUUUGAGCAUCUACAAUGAAGGGAACAAGCUCCAAGCCUUCAGCAGCCUGAAGAAACUCACCAACUUGGUGUCCCUGGAGUUGGUGGGCUGCGAGCUGGAGCGCAUUCCAAGCGCCGUGUUUAGCUUGAGCAAUCUACAGGAGUUGGACCUCAAAGAAAACAAGCUGACCACAGUAGAGGAGAUUCUGAGUCUGCAGCACUGCCAUCGACUGGUGACGCUGAGGCUGUGGCACAACAAGAUCACCUACAUUCCAGAUCACAUCAGUAAGCUAAACACCUUGGAGACUCUGGACAUCAGUUGGAAUAAACUCAAAAGGAUCCCCAGCCGGUUGUUCUACUGCACCAAGCUCAGGCACCUGGAUGUCUCCCACAACCAGAUCACCUCCAUCCCGGCUGAGGUGGGCAUCCUGCAGGGCCUGCAGUUCUUCUCUGCUGCUUUCAACUCUAUAGAGAUGCUACCUGAGGAGCUGUACUCUUGUAAAAGACUAAACACUCUGGCUCUUGGGAACAACUCCCUGCUCUUCCUGAGCUCCAAGAUCGCAAAUCUGCUCCAACUGGUCCGACUGGAGAUUAAAGGAAACCGCCUGGAUGCUCUGCCUGUGGAGAUAGCAAACUGCCCCUUGUUGACUUCUAAUGGGAUUGUAGCGGAGGACAACCUGCUGCAGGUGUUGCCUUUAGAGAUGCACAGAAGUCUGAGUAGUAGCUGACUUAGCCCCUCUUAAAAAGCUUCAUUGAUUUGUCUACACCAGAUUUUUGGUCUGUUUACAACUACAGUUUGCAAAGUGGAACUCAAUUCAUUACAAACUUUUUUUGAAAUAAUGCACACACUGGAAUGUAGUAGAAAUGUAUAAAGGAAGCCAAUGAACUAGGGAUGUGCCAAUUGAUUAGCCACCGAUUGGUAUCGGACGAAUUUUGGGAAAAGUUUGUGAUCGGCCAUUGCCGAUUAAUGCCUUUUAAUGUGGAUCACAAACCCUCUGACCCUCUCUGGCUGGCAAGCGGCUAGCAACUAAUUCUGUUGGUUUUUUUUUAUAAACAUUGUGGAGCCACUCCCCGGAGUGAAUAGUAAUCCCUUCCUUUAUGGCAAGUAAACUGCAUUGCUUAGUAACUCAGUAAACAUGCCAAACAUGUUACACACUGAGUGAACGCCAGGAGCAGGCAUGCUAUUAGUUAAGCUAACCUAGCUUGAAACAACAAAACAAAUAAGUGCUUAAUAAAGUAUCAAGUAAGUGGAUAUCAACAUGUAGAUCGAUACAAGACUACAGAGGAUAAUAUAUACAACGCAUAUACACAAUGCAUAAAUCGGCGUUGUCGAUAUUAAGGGUAGUACCAGUAAUCAGAUCAAUAUUUUCAUUUUCUCAUAAUAUAUUUUUGUUGUUUUUGUUAAUGUACACAUACUCGGAAUAAUUCCUGGACACAGGAUGAGUUUGAGGGCAAAAACCAAAGGCAUUAAAUGAGUAGUAGAUAGUAGUUUUUGCUUUUUUGUGUGUCCCAGAGUAAAAGAUGUCCUUAGUGGACAUGCUCAGUCCCACUGAGAGAAGACUGAAUUGGCACACCCAUGAACACUUUUCUUACUGACUGCUUGUUAGGUCUUUUACUACCUCAGCUGCGUUCACUCAAACAAAGAGGUCAUUGUCCGUACGUAUCUUACUCUUAUUUUGAAAAGGCACAUUUAGCAAAAGUUGACGGCUUAUCGCUUCCUGCUCUUUCUGGGCAUGUUGUGGUCUCAGAGAGAGACUGCGGUUGUCAGCCGAGUCGUGUUCUGACCUGCAUGAACGCUGUUGCGACACGCCAGUUGCCAGACAUACCUCAACAUGGCCGUGCAGAAACACACCUGCACUAAUGCCCUAAACACGCCCCUUUUUUUCGUCUGUGCACAAAUAAAAAGCCCGAGACGUCUGAUGUUAAAUUCUCAGACAUGUUUCUUUUCCUCGUGACUUUGCGGAGGUGGAAGAAGAGACUGAUUUGAAACGUUGCCUUGUUAGGGGAGGUUCUUCUUCUGCGUGUUAAAACGCUGUUCAAGUACGAAACCUGCCGUUUGUUGCAGAUGCAGGAACACAAAUUAAAUAAAUCGUAACACGGUUGUCCUGUCCAUCAUUCAUUGUUGAGUCUGGUUAGGACUGCUGAGUACUGGGGUACUUGAUGGUCGGGUUUUGGCUUCGGGUUGUGGUUCAAGGGUUAAAUUCUGGCUUCAUGGCUGGAUUAGGAUUCAUGGUUGGGUCUAAGGUUUUAGUUCAGGACCAGGCAUGAGGUGAAAAGUAGUCAAUAACAUGUACCCCUUGCUGUAAUACAGAGGUGUCCCAAGUGUGGCCUGGGGGCCAUUUGGGGCUCACAACUUAUUUUUAUUGUCUCAACACAUUCUAAAGGUAAAAUAAACACAACACAGAUUAAAACAUUACACACACAAAAAAAAUAAGAAGAAACAUGGGACCUGAAUAUCGGGGAUGUCAAAGUUGUUUUCAUUGAGGGCCACAAAACAGUUAUGGCUGCCCUCGCUUGUUACAGUGAAUAUUAAUGAACUAGAAUGUAUCGCCUCGUUAUGUUAUUAUACAGUUCCCUAUGGAUUUGAUUAUUAGAUGUGUUUGACAUACAAAUUGAUGGAUAUGGUACUUGCUUAUCAUAAAUGAUGGGGACAAGCAGUUUCUUCUCAAAUAAAAUGUUUGGAAUAUAUGUUAAUGAUACAGGUGUGUCCCACCUUUCACUAUAAAGGGCCACAUACUAAAAAGUCAAAGUAUGUGGGGCUCAUUUUGAUAUUUCUAUGUUGCAUUAAAAAAAAAAAAGCUAAGCACUGAAAUUACAUUUAUUUAAAGACACAACUUAGUGGCAGCUUUGUGUGACAAAGUGUACGAUUGGUAAAUAUUACAGAGGUAAAAAAACAACCAAUAAAAAUGGAGAAGAAAAAAGAAAAAAAACUUAAUGUACCGUGUUUUUCGGACUAUUAAGUCGCAUUUUUUUUCAUAGUUUGGCCGGGGGUGCGACUUAUACUCAGGAGCGACUUAUGUGGAAAAUUAUUAACACAUUACCGUAAAAUAUCAAAUAAUAUUAUUUAGCUCAUUCACGUAAGAGACUAGACCAGUGGUUCUUAACCUUGUUGGAGGUACCGAACCCCACCAGUUUCAUAUGCGCAUUCACCGAACCCUUCUUUAGUGAAAAAUAAAAUGUUGGGAUUUUUUUCAAAUUCAAGACAAAGUUAUAUGUUUUUGAUAACACUUUAGUAUGGGGAACAUAUUCUAAGUAACAAAGACUUAAUUUAGAGUUAUUUGGUUAGAGGGUUAGGGCCAGGGUUAGAGGGUUAGCUUAUAAUAAGGCCAUGCAGAAUAAGCCAUUAAUAAGUACUUAAUAAUACUAGUUAAGAGCCAAUAUGUUACUAAUUUGCAUGUUAAUAAGCAACUAAUUAAUGGUGAAUAUGUUCCCCAUACUAAAGUGUUACCAUGUUUUAUUACUGGUGCACAAAAUGAACCGUGCAUGAACAUCACCUUGUUCAAACAACAAAAACCAAGACAGAGCAUAAACUCACAACAAAUUACACACCUGCAAAUCAGUGUGACGUCUGCUGUUGCCGUGUCCGUAAUACGCCGAUAGGGAGAAGUUUUUAUUUACACGAUGAGUCGGGUGUGUCUUGACCUCCGCCGAACCCCUGAGCCUGACUCACCGAACCCCUAGGGUUCGAUCGAACCCAGGUUAAGAACCACAGGAAUGGACGUAUAAGAUUUCAUGGGAUUUAGCGAUUAGGAGUGACAGAUUGUUUGGUAAACGUAUAGCAUGUUCUAUAUGUUAUAGUUAUUUGAAUGACUCUUACCAUAAUAUGUUACGUUAACAUACCAGGCA